AUGGCAACGAGCUGUUACCUACCACUAAAGGAACCAGACGAGAUAAGAAUUCUUACGCUUCUGCCCUACGAGCAAGAUGCGGAUGAACCAAUCCAAUGCCGUUUUGAACACGUCAGACUUGCUCAAAGACCCCAAUACGAAGCCCUCUCAUACACAUGGGGAGACCAGACAAAUCAGCACCCCGUCGGCAUUGAUACAGCUGGGAAUGUAGUGCAUGUUGGACAGAACUGCCUCUUAGCGCUCCGCAAGCUUCGCAAAGCAGAGGUACCUCGUCUUCUUUGGGUGGACGCGCUGUGCAUCAACCAGUCAGACCAAGAUGAGAAGGCUUCUCAGAUCCCCAUCAUUGGCGACGUGUACAAAUGUGCCACUCAAACGAUUAUAUUCUUGCAGUACUGCGGCCCGGACAAAGCCUUCCACAGCAAAGGUGCUGGGCCUGAGCUGCAGCGUAGCUGGGACUCUAGACUACUUGAACAGGAGAGCAGCUCACCGGUGCUGGACGAAGCAGCAAGGAAAGAGCUGUUCAACGUCACCAACUAUGCCUGGUUUCAUCGCGCAUGGAUCAUUCAGGAGACUCUACUUAGCUUUUCCAUAACGGUUGUUUGUCCGCCAUUCACAUGGUCCUGGGAAGAGUUUGCAUCCCUGACGACGGACGACCUCAGGAAACCAGAUGUCAUGCGAUUGAAUGACGAUUACUGGAUCAACAAGUCGAACAGCGGCGGAUGGAACCAUGUCUGGGAUGGAGAGCUGGGACAAAGGAACGCGGGUGAUAUGCUGCCGAGUCAGGCUCUCGCGUAUCUUAUCGACACACGCGAGUUCCAGUGCAGCGUGUACAACGACAGGGUGUAUAGUAUUUUGUCCUUGUUCAAUCCUCCACUUCCCGUUGUGGUUGAUUACAAACAUAGCAAAGAACAAGUCCAUGACUGUUUGACUGGUGCACUCAUCGAGACGGGCGAGUCACGCUUUUUGUACGCCACAAAUCGCCAGUCGUGGAGGGUGGACUGGGACCAUGCUCCGAAUGAGCUGGUCGGUAACGAUGUUCGAUGUUUGGCCACGAUGAGGUCCAUGUUUGCCACAAGGAUGGAAACCGAAUGGUCUCGAAUUGCGUACAUUCCCGGGCCUGAUAGUCAGCCCGGCGUGAUUCGAUCACUAAGUUUCAAGAUUGGCGAGGUGACCAGAAUCAGCCAGACCAGACUCAGUCGAGACGACAACGACAACAUGCGACAGCGCUGGACAGAUAUAAUGGCCGAACUCGGCCUACCCUGUGAUAAAACAGAGAGUGGCAAGUAUCCUGCUAUUCAUGUGCAGAAAAGGAACCGUGCCAAUGUCCCCUGGUAUCAUGAUUGGGUUGGAGAAGUAAGGGGUGGUGGCGCCGCGGACGAGCACGAUGGACAGGAAGUUGUUCAUGGCGCCAGCGCUGCCUUUUUUCACGAUAGGCCUGCGUUUUUCUGCGAAAAUGAAGGCAUCGUUGGCAUCGGUACACAAGGGCUGAGCAUCGGAGACGAGAUCUGGUAUGUCUGUGGUUUGAACGUUCCGGUAUGCGCCUUGAGACACGCGUACAAACUAGAAUUGGAGAAUGCGCCCGGCCUACAAGCUGAAGAAGCGUCAAUGGUAGGCUUGUGCUUCUUGGGUCUCAAUGAUGACAUGGGCGCAAUGUCACCCCAGGAGAAGGUAUUUCCUUGUGGUGGCCCUACGCUUGUCUUUAUUGUAUAA